AUGGGAUUGGGAAUGCCAUUUGCGAUUGCUACAGCAGCAUUUCCAUUCUUCAACCCAAUAGGCUUCUAUUUAUAUUCGUUACCACUCUGCAAACCUUUAGUUUUUUUUGUCAAGUACCGCUACAAAUUUGCAUAAAAUUUUUCCGUCCUUUUCUCGUCGACCAAACAUCCAAAUACAAAGUACCAAACAGCACACAUACUUCACUGCCUCUAAACGAUGGAGAGAGAGCUGGUGGGUUGGAGAAUGGGUCUUCCUUUAAAAUAUCCUCUCUCUCUAAAAAACUCAAAAACUCGUUUUAUAUUCCCUUACCAUAUCUUAACUACCCUUUCAAAUUUCUGCUUACAAUCAGCAUUGACUUAUGACGUAGUUUGCCUUUAGUUGCGAGCAAGAGCAACCAGACACUUCCUUAGUUCUUUACAUUGCUGCUCUAUGCGUCGAGCAGACAACGAUAGGGUGGCAACAAGGAUCCCAUUGGAACUAUCAUUGUUAUAAUUAUAAAGACUACAAACUUGAGAAUAUAAUGAUGACAUCUGCUUAGGUUUCAACGGAAGCAUCAGCUUCUUAUAAAAUCUCAAAUUCUGUAUCAUGUAGACAACAAUUACAUGCUAUGAUCCAGCCCAAGUCUUAAUUAGCGGCUGAAUUAUCAUAUAUGGCUGAUGGAAGCAAUUUGAGUGAGGAUAUGAAUAAAGAAGAAGUUGCACGCAGAAACAAUGAGAAAGAGAAAGGCAUAGAUACAGUACCAUAUUACAAGCUGUUUUCCUUUGCUGAUUCCUUGGACAUUAUAUUAAUGUUCAUGGGUAGUAUUGCUGCUUCUGGAAAUGGGAUCUGCAUGCCGCUAAUGACUGUAUUGUUAGGAGAACUAGUUGACUCUAUUGCCAAAUCUGUGAGCAUGACCACUGUGGCACAUAAUGUUUCUGAGGUGUCUCUGAAGUUUGUCUAUUUGGCUUUGGGGUCUGGUUUUGCAUCAUUCUUUCAGGUGUCUUGCUGGGUGAUCACAGGGGAGAGGCAGGCCGCUCGAAUAAGAAAUUUAUACUUGAAAAUGAUAUUGAGACAGGAUAUUUCUUUCUUUGACAAAGAAUCAAAUACUGGGGAAGUAAUUGGGAGGAUGUCAGGCGACACCAUUCUCAUUCAAGAUGCUAUGGGGGAGAAGGCUGGGAACUUUAUUCAGCUGCUAGCUUCAUUCUUGGGAGGUUUUGUUAUAGCUUUUGUGAAGGGGUGGCUUCUCACGCUCGUCAUGCUAUCUUUAAUUCCACCCAUUGUCAUCUCUGGUGCAAUCAUGAAUAAGCUUGUAGGCAAGCUGGCAUCUCGUGGGCAAACUUCCUAUUCAGUUGCAGCAAAUCUUGUUGAACAAACAAUUGGCUCGAUCAGAACAGUUGCAUCUUUUACCGGAGAGAGGCAAGCUAUUGUUAAAUACAAAAAAUCCUUGACUAAAGCUUAUGAGUCUGGUGUGAAGGAAGGCUUGGCUGCUGGCUUAGGUUUUGGUAGUUUGAUGUUUAUUUUGUUCUGCAGUUACGGAUUUGCUGUAUGGUUUGGUGGGAAAAUGGUACUUGACAAAGGUUACACAGGAGGGGAUGUCAUCAAUGUUAUUUUUGCUUUAUUGACUGGUUCCUUGUCUCUGGGGCAGGCAUCUCCAUGCAUGAGUGCUUUUGCUUCUGGAAAGGCUGCUGCAGGUAAGAUGUUUGAGGUAAUAAAUAGGAAGCCAGAGAUUGAUGCUUAUGACACCAUAGGACUGCAAUUGGAAGACAUUCAUGGAGAUAUAGAAUUUAAGGAUGUUUAUUUCAGUUACCCAACAAGAUCUCGUGAGCAAAUAUUGAGCGGUUUGUCUCUUUUAGUACCCAGUGGUACAACCACAGCUUUGGUUGGAGAGAGUGGAAGUGGAAAAUCAACAGUGAUCAGUUUGAUAGAAAGAUUUUAUGACCCACAAGCUGGUGAAGUUCUUAUAGAUGGUGUCAAUCUUAAGAAGUUCCAAUUAAAAUGGAUCAGAGAGAAUAUAGGUCUGGUCAGUCAGGAACCUAUAUUGUUUAAUUCAAGCAUUAGAGAAAAUAUUUUAUAUGGGAAGGAAGCUGCUACUAUUGAAGAAAUAAGAGCUGCUGCGGAGCUUGCAAAUGCUGCUAACUUCAUAAAUAAGUUGCCCAAGGGACUAGACACAAUGGUCGGCGAGCAUGGAAUUCUACUAUCUGGGGGCCAAAAGCAAAGAAUUGCCAUAGCCAGAGCAAUUCUAAAGGAACCAAGAAUUCUACUUCUUGAUGAAGCCACUAGUUCUCUUGAUGUAGAAUCUGAGAGGAUUGUGCAAGAGGCAUUGGACAAGGUUAUGGUCAACCGAACUACAAUCAUGGUUGCCCAUCGCUUGACUACUGUGAGAAAUGCAGAUACGAUUGCCAUUAUUCAGAAAGGAAAGGUUGUUCAAAAAGGUUCACAUUCUGAGCUGCUCAAGGAUCCUGAAGGAUUAUAUGCACAGUUUAUACAGUUGCAAGAAUUUGGCAUAGAAACCGAGCGGAAUAUCAUAAAUAACCAGGAAAAUAGAAUUCAUUCAAUAUGGGUUUCAGUGGGUGCAUCCCCCGGCGGUAGUGUUUCCGACAAGAUAGCUGCAAAACCACUUGGCACUACCACUUCAGAGACAUCAAAACUGCCUCCAGAAGACCCUGUUCGUCGCUUGGCCUACCUUAACAGCCCAGAGAUUCCUGUGUUAUUGCUUGGUGCUAUAGCUGCAGUGGCCAAUGGAGUCAUUUUACCAAUUUUUGGUCUGCUGCUUUCCAAUAUAAUAAAAACAUAUUAUGAAAAAGAUGAUCAACUCCAGAGAGAUUCUAGAUUUUGGGCGUUUAUGUUUGUUCUGCUUGGUCUGAUGUCUUUACUGGCUACACCACUAAGCACAUACUUUUUUUCUGUAGCGGGUUGUAGAUUAAUAAACCGAAUAAGAACAAUGUGCUUUGAGAAGGUGGUAACCAUGGAGAUAGCUUGGUUUGAUGAACCAGAGCAUUCUAGUGGUGCAAUUGGUGCAAGGCUGUCAGUAGAUGCUGCUGCAAUACGAGGUUUAGUUGGAGACAAAUUUGCAUUACUCAUUCAAAACGCUGCAACGGGUAUUGCUGGUUUGAUAAUUGCUUUCCACGCAAACUGGCAAGUAGCUCUUGUAAUCCUUGCUUUGUUACCACUGAUGGGAGUUAGUGGAUAUGUGCAGCUGAAGUCCAUGACAGGAUUUAAUGCCAAUGCAAAGAAAAUGUAUGAAGAAGCAAGUCAAGUUGCUAGUGAUGCAGUUAGCAGCAUCAGAACAGUUGCCUCCUUCUGUGCAGAAGAAAAGAUGGUAAAUUUGUACCAAAAGCACUGUGAUGUCCCCCUUAAAGCGGGAAUAAGACGAGGGUUGAUUAGUGGAAUAGGGUUCGGUCUGUCUUUCUUCUUUAUCUUCUUUGUAUAUGCAGUCAGUUUUUAUGUUGGGGCUCAUCUAGUUGAUCAUGGAAAGACGAAAUUCACUGAUGUUUUCCAAGUCUUCUUUGCUCUCAGUAUGGCAGCCCUUGCGAUUUCUCAAUCAAACUCUCUCACACCUGAUGCUAAUAAAGCCAAGAGUUCUGCUGCUUCUGUGUUUGCGAUUCUUGAUCAGAAAUCUAAAAUAGAUCCUAGUGACUCUUCUGGAAUAAUAAUAAAAGAUGUGAAGGGAGAAAUUGAGUUUUGCCAUGUCAGUUUUAAGUAUCCUACGAGGCCUGACAUUCAAAUAUUUGAGGAUCUUAGCUUCGCUAUUCAUUCUGGAAAGAUCGUUGCCUUGGUUGGGGAAAGUGGGAGUGGAAAAUCAACAGUGAUCUCAUUACUGCAAAGGUUUUAUGAUCCUGAUUCUGGCCAAAUUACUCUAGACGGAAUUGAGAUACAAAAGCUGAAGAUAAAAUGGUUAAGACAGCAGAUAGGUCUGGUGAGUCAGGAGCCUGUAUUAUUCAGUGAUAACAUCAGAGCUAACAUUGCAUAUGGAAAGGAAGGAAAUGCAACAGAGGCUGAAAUUAUGGCUGCAGCAAAAUUAGCCAAUGCUCACAACUUCAUCAGUGGCCUAGAACAGGGGUAUGAUACCACAGUAGGGGAGCGAGGGGUGCAACUGUCGGGUGGACAGAAGCAGCGAGUAGCAAUUGCACGGGCCAUAGUGAAGGCUCCGAAAAUAUAUCUUCUAGAUGAAGCAACCAGUGCUCUAGAUGCGGAGUCUGAGCGAGUGGUUCAAGACGCAUUAGAAAGGGUUAUGGUGGGAAGGACCACAUUAGUGAUAGCACAUCGCUUAUCCACAAUUAAGAGUGCGGACAUGAUUGCAGUGGUGAAAAAUGGAGUAAUAGUUGAGAAAGGAAAGCAUGAUACCCUGAUGAAUACCAAAAAUGGUAUUUAUGCCUCCUUAAUGGCUCCCAAGUCAAGUUCUUCUUAAGAGAAUAAUGGUGUGUAUGUCUUUGUAACUAUGUGUGCUUAAAGAUGUUGAUUUUGCUUCAUGUUCUUCUCCUUAUCUUUUUGUUGACCUGUUACCGCGAACUUCCCAAGUAUCUGUGGAGUAGUUUUCCCCAGCGCCAUGAUUGAUCGGGUGGCAUUGCCCCCAUCUUAAUAAAUUAUACAAAAGAAUUGAAAAGAUGACAGGAUGGGUUCAGAUGUCAGCGAGUUUAAUUUGGUGGGAGGCAUUGAGGAAUCAUUUGAACGUGUAAAAUUUAUAAUAAAUGUCAAUAAGUUGAGCGGGAUCAGUCAGAAUUAGGUAAAGUGUCCCUGUAUAUACAUGUAUAUAUAUUCGAUUUGAGGACUUGGUGCUUGUC